CCCGCCCGGUUAUUGCGCGCGGGGCUGUGACCAUGAUGGCGGCGGAAGUGGGGAAUGAAUGUCUGCUGGCGGCGGCUGUGACUGUGGCGGCUCCGGGCGGCGAUGGAGAGACGGUUGUGCUCCAGCCUCCGCCGCAAAAAGUGUCGGACUUGGGCUCAUUGCGGCUCCUCGAGUCCGAAUCAUCGCCCUCAUCAUCAUCACCGCCUCCGGGCCCACUCCUUUCCGAGCCUGUCCUCGGCGCCGUUGCUGCCGCUACCCCUGUCUCCGGCACCCCUGCCCUCCCCUUGGCCCCGGACGAAGUGGAUUCUUUCGACGGCCAUGAGUUUGAAGAGGAAGAAGUGGCGAUCCCGCUGACUGCUCCUCCAACUAACCAGUGGUAUCAUGGAAAACUGGAUCGUACAAUCGCUGAAGAGCGGCUUUGUCAGGCAGAACGACCAGGAAGCUAUCUCAUCCGGGAAAGUGAUCGAAGACCAGGUUCAUUUGUGCUUUCGUUUCUAAGUAAAACAGGCGUGGUCAAUCAUUUCAGGAUCAUUGCAAUGUGUGGUGAUUAUUACAUCGGUGGACGGCGGUUUUCCUCCCUUUCAGACCUGAUUGGAUACUACAGCCAUGUGUCCUGUUUACUAAAAGGAGAGAAGCUUCUGUUUCCUGUAGCACCUCCAGAGCCUGUUGAGGAUAGAAGGAGAGUUCGAGCCAUCUUGCCAUACACCAAAGUUCCAGAUACAGAUGAAAUUAGUUUUCUGAAGGGGGAUAUGUUUAUUGUUCACAAUGAACUGGAGGAUGGAUGGAUGUGGGUGACCAACCUACGAACAGAUGAGCAAGGCCUCAUCGUCGAGGAUCUAGUCGAGGAAGUGGACCGUGAAGAAGAUCCACACGAAGGAAAAAUCUGGUUCCAUGGGAAGAUAUCAAAGCAAGAUGCAUAUACUCUGCUAAUGACAGUUGGCCAAAUAUGUGGCUUUCUUGUAAGACCAUCGGAUAACACACCGGGUGACUACUCGCUUUAUUUUCGGACAAAUGAAAAUAUUCAACGCUUUAAAAUAUCUCCGACGUCGAACAAUCAAUUUAUGAUGGGCGGCCGAUAUUACAACAGCAUAGAGGAAAUCAUUGAGCACUACAGGAAGGAGCAGAUUGUUGAAGGAUAUUACCUUAAAGAUCCUGUCCCAUUGCAGCAUCAAGAGCAAGUGCUCAAUGAAUAUGAUGGUAGAGAAAUAUACAAUACAAUCCGGCGCAAGCCGAAGGAUGCACUUUAUAAGAAUAUAGUGAAGAAUGGCUACCUCUGGAAAAAAAGCAAAGGUAAACGAUGGAAAAACUUAUACUUCAUUUUGGAGGGGAAUGACUCCCAACUUAUCUAUUUUGAAAGUGAAAAGAGAGCCACAAAACCAAAAGGAUUAAUAGAUCUCAGCGUUUGUACUGUAUAUGGAGUUCAUGACAGUCUGUUUGGCAGGCCAAACUGUUUUCAAAUAGUAGUACAGCACUUUAGUGAAGACCAUUACAUCUUCUACUUUGCAUCAGAGACUCCAGAACAGGCUCAGGACUGGAUGAAAUGCCUGCAGGUAUUUUGCAGUAACUUGAAGAAACCUCUGCCACCAACCUCUAAUAAACGCCUUCGACAGGUCAGUAGCCUGGUGUUGUAUGUGGAAGAAGCCCAUAAACUUCCAGGGAAAUAUUUCACACAACCUUACUGUAACAUCUCCCUAAACAGUGUUCAAGUAGCAAAAACUCAUGCCAGGGAAGGGCAAAAUCCUGUAUGGACAGAAGAAUUCGUUUUUGAUGAUGUCUCAUCAGACAUAAACAGAUUUGAGAUAAGUCUCAGUAACAGAACAAAGAAGAGCAAGGACCCUGAUAUCUUAUUCAUGCGCUGCAUGUUGAAUAAGUUACAAAAAGGGCAGCUGAUCGAUGAAUGGUUCCCCCUCAGUUCACAUUUUCCACUAAAAGGAAUUGAACCUGGUUCUCUACGGGUAAGAGCACGAUAUUCAUUGGAAAAAAUCAUGCCAGAAGAAGAAUACAGUGAAUUCAAAGAGCUUAUUCUUCAGAAAGAAUUCCAUGUGAUAUAUGCCUUAUCCCAUGUGUGUGGCCAGGAUCGCACAUUACUGGCCAGUAUUCUACUGAGAAUUUUUCGGCAUGAAAAGCUUGAAUCACUGUUACUACAGAUACUCAAUGACAGAGAAAUUAGUAUGGAAGAUGAAUCCACCACUCUCUUCCGCGCCACAACCUUGGCAAGCACACUUAUGGAACAAUAUAUGAAAUCAACAGCAACACCAUUUAUCCAUCAUGCUCUGAAAGAAACCAUCCUAAAGAUAAUGGAGAGUAAACAGUCAUGUGAGCUAAAUCCUUCCAAACUUGAAAAAAAUGAAGAUGUGAACACUAAUCUGGCACACCUAUUGGCUCUCCUCUCAGAAUUGGUGGAGAAGAUUUUCAUGGCUGCAGAAGAACUGCCUCAGGCUUUGAGAUAUAUUUAUGGAUGUUUACAAAAAUCUGUCCAACAGAAAUGGCCGAAAAAUCCCACAAUGAGAACCAGAGUUGUGAGUGGGUUUGUUUUCUUGCGAUUGAUUUGCCCAGCCAUCCUCAAUCCACGGAUGUUCAGUAUCAUUUUGGAUCCUCCUUCCACAACAGCUGCGAGGACUCUCACUCUUGUUGCAAAGUCCCUUCAAAACUUAGCAAAUUUAGUGGAAUUUGGAGCUAAGGAGCCCUAUAUGGAAGGUGUAAAUCCAUUUAUCAAGAACAACAAGCACCGAAUGAUUAUGUUCCUAGAUGAAUUAGGGAACGUCCCAGAGCUUCCUGACACUACAGAGCACUUUAGGACCGACUUGUCUCGUGAUUUGGCAGCUUUGCAUGAAGUUUGCGCAGCACAUUCGGAUGAACUUCGCACCUUAAGCAAUGAACGAGGAGUUCAGCAGCAUGUAUUGAAAAAACUUCUGGCAAUUACAGAACUGUUGCAGCAGAAACGAAACCAGUAUUGUGCAUCCAAUAGGUAGCAGCCUUCCUGUUCAGAGAAUUCUGCAUGGAUUAACAUGUCCCAAGUUUGUCAGAGGGCAACUCACAGCAAUCUCACUUUCUUUUGUUACUUCUGAAAUAACACCCAUGUACAACAUUCCUUCUAGCGUGUGAACUAUGCAACAGAAAAACAGCUGGUUGAUGUUUGCAUCAGUAACUUAGCUAUUUGUGCAGGCCACUUCUUGCACUUCCUUCUCUGAACCAAUCACUAGCCGCUGAGCCUUGAUGUACCAGUCAUCUUUCACAAAGCUAGGUGAAUCGACAACAUAGACUUUUAAGGUGUUUAAUAUUUCAAGUUGCCAAAGUUCCCAAGAUCUAUCCAGAGCUGCAGUAUGAAAUGCCAGUCAACUGACAAGAUGAACAAGUUGAACUACUUGUGUUUGUUAUAACUGGAGUAAGGGCUGUAAAGUGUUUAUACUGUAAUUUCUGACUGACUACUUUUAUGGAUAAGAUUGCUUACAUCUUUAAUCUCUGGUUAUAUUUAUAGUUUGUUGGAAAUGUCUUUAAAUACCAAGGUUCCUCACUGAAGACUGGUUAUUUUAUACUCUAGAAAAGAAUUCUGCAACAAGCAUUCAUUGCAUGAUGAAUGUGCAGAGAGAUCACAGCAAUUGUUGUGCCACUAAUUUUGAUCAGUUUAAUUACACUGUAUGAUUGGCUGAGUCUUCCAUUAAAGACGAUAGUGAGAAGUUCUGUUAAAGUUACUUAAUCAAAAGCUUUGUAUGUAUAAUGUUUACAAAUGUAAACAAAUUCAAUAGUUGAAUAAAUUUAUUGAUCAUUGUAUUGAAAAUGCAUGCACUUAUUAAACCAUUUUGUAAAGUA